CGGCGCUGCCAUCGCGGGCGGGAGGCGGCGGGCGCGGAGGCCCCGUGCGCGCGGCUUCCCCCGCUCCCCCCUCCGGCGGCGCAUGCGCGGGGGCGGCGCGGCGCAGCGCGCAGGCGCGGGCCGGGCCGCCAUGGCGGCGGCGCCUGAGGCCUUCCUGGUGCCGCCGCCGCCGCCGCCUCCUCCCGCCGCCGCCGCGCCACCCCCGGGACCCCCUGACCCGCCCGAGCCGCCGCGUCCCCGCAAUGGCCUCCGCGCCGCGGGCGGCGGCGGCGGGAAGCGGCGCAGCAGCUGCGGAACGAAGCAGCCGCCGUGGAAACGGCGGCGCCGCGCGGCCUCGGAGUGCGGCCCGGUGCUGCCGUCCGAGUUCCUGCUCGGCGGGAACAUCUUCGACCCGCUCAACCUCAACAGCCUCCUGGACGAGGAGGUGAGCCGGGCGCUGAACGCGCGCACCCCGCAGUCCUCGCCGCUCCCGCAGCGCGGCCGCGACCCCGUGGAGAUCCUGGUGCCGCGGGACAUCACGGACCCGCUGAGCCUGAACGCGCCGGGCGAGGGGCUGCGCCUGGCGUCCCCGGCCAAGAGCGCCCGCCGCCGGCACCGCCACCGCGGCCAGCAGCGGGGCAGCGCCGCCAACGCCGCCAACGCCACCGGCGGCAGCGGGCCCGGUGAGGAGCCCGCCCGCCCCGCCGAACCCUCCGCCGCCUCCACCGCCCCGCCGUGCCCCGCCGCCCUCCCCGCCCCCGGCCGCCACCGCAAGCGCCGACGGACUUGCAGCAAAUCCGAGGGGCCUCGCCCGCCGCCCCCUCCCGCUGCCGAGAAGCCGAAGCCCCCCGGGAAAGCGGCGCAGCGGCCGCGGCACCAGGUGCGCAAGUUCCAGUACGGGAAUUACUGCAAAUACUACGGGUACCGCAACCCGGACGUGGAGGACGCGCGGCUGCGGGUGCUGCGGCCCGAGUGGUUCGCGGGGAAGGAGGUGCUGGACGUGGGGUGCAACGUGGGGCACCUCACGCUGAGCAUCGCCAAGCGCUGGGCGCCCGCCAGGGUCGUGGGGCUGGACAUUGACGGGCGGCUGAUCCGCUCGGCCCGGCAGAACAUCCGCCACUACCUGUCCGAGGGGCUGGGGGCGGACGGCGACGCCGCGGGGGGGGCCAGGAAGGGCUUCCCCGCCGCGCUCUUGGCCAGCCGGGGCCCCAUCGCUGCCCCGCAGCUCCCGCCCGACGGGCCCGGGGCCGCCGAUUUCCCGCACAACGUCGUGUUCGUCACGGGGAACUACGUCCCGGAGCGCGAGGAGGCCGUGGGGGCCCAGCGCCCCGAGUUCGACGUGCUGCUGCUGCUGUCCCUCACCAAGUGGGUGCAGCUCAACUGGGGCGAUGAGGGGCUCAAGCGGCUCUUCCGGAGGGCGUUCCGGCACCUGCGGCCCGGCGGGAUCCUGCUGCUGGAGCCGCAGCCCUGGGAGUCCUACCGCAAACGCAAGGGGCUCACGGAGACGACGUACCGGAACUACCAGCGGAUCCGGCUGCGGCCGGAGCAGUUCCCGGCAUACCUGACGUCCCCCGAGGUGGGGUUCGAGCGCUGCGAGCUCCUGGGGACCCCCCAGCACAGCUCCAAAGGCUUCCAGCGGCCAAUUUAUCUCUUCCACAAGGGACGAGGUGACGCCCCCUGAGCCCCCCAGAACUGCCCCCGGUCUGGGGGGGCCCUGACGCUCCUGGGGUGGGGAAGGGGGGGUUGCUCCCCACCCCACCAGAUGCCAAACGGGGGGAGGGGCUCUGUUUUCCCCCCUCCCCCCAAUUUUUGGGGUGUUCCCUCCCCCCCCCCGGGCGUUUGCCGUGGUUUGCUCUGUGCGAGGGGGGGCCCCGGAAUAAAGGAGGUGAUUGAUCA